UACAUUGAAGUGUGUGUCUGUGCGCCCCAGUAUUGGAACCUCAUGGCGGGCGGGUUCAGGCAACAGUGGCGAGGUGGUCGUGCCGUCACGCUUUACUGUGGAGGAAACACUCCUGAUUGAGGCGUGUGUAACUCUACUGCUUUCCUAGAAGUGAGGCUGAGCUAUGUGCAAGGUUACUAGCCUACUAGCCAGCCUGAAGGAGCAUGGGAGCUGCCCUGUAACUCCAUGGCAGAACUGUCUAACCAUUCCUAUGGAGGACCAUGCAACAUGAACCAAUCAUUUACUUGGAAUGUUUAAACACCAAACUGCAUAAGCAAGCCAAGACAGAAUGGAGACUGAUUUGCUAUGGAGCAGCUACUUCCUUUCUUCUUACGUGAAGACCAAGGCUUGGUGUUGCUGCACGACAUUAAGAUUAAGGAAGGAUGGCAUCAGGAGGCAGCAGUGUAACUUACCUCCGCCUUCUGUCACAGUUACGAGAUUAUGUGUCACGGGCCACACCAACAUCAUUCAUCUUCCAGAAGAACCUGCCAGAUUUAGUGAAAAAGAUUAGUGAUUCUGUAUAUAUGAGUAAAGAAAUUAUUGAACACCCAAAAGAAGAGAAGGAAGAAAAGCAAACUCCACAGAGUAUUACUGUCACUAAUACUGUUGAUGUUGGUGAGGAAAAAAUUUCUGAUCUUCAGAAAGCAAUGAAAACUGUGAAUGCUUACAUUCCACUGUAUUUCUCUCAAGUCCGCCUAAACUUCUCCAAAAAUGAACAACAGAAACCGAUUGAGAAGAACAUACCAAAGUGGAAGACAAGAAAGGCAACAAUUACAAAACCAAGUAUUGAUGCUCGAACCCGUUACCUCACCAAAAUUCUUGGCAAACAGUUGACUGAAGGAGGUUGUCUGAAAAAAUUACAAGACCUAUGUAGCCACUUAAAGAACCACCCUCAGGCCAAGGGUGUGGCUGUGAAGAGUGGUGGCAUCCGACAUAUUUUGAAAAUACUUGAACAGACAAGUAGUGCCAAUGUAGAGUGUGAAGCCCGAGAGGCUCUUGCUUUGCUUGGCUACACUCAGCCUGUCAAGGCUCAUGGAAUAAGACUUUUAACAAUAGAUGGUGGAGGAGUCAGAGGUUUAGUUGCUUUGGAAGUGCUGAAAAAAUUGGAAGAAGAAGCAGGUCAACCAAUUCAUGAACUGUUUGAUUAUAUAUGUGGUGUUUCAACUGGAGCCAUUUUAACUGUGUUAGUAGGAGUUCAUAAAAUGCCACUAAAUGAAUGUGAAAAACUAUACAAAAAUUUAAGUACGCAAAUUUUCACACAAACUACUAUCAAAGGAGCCACAAGUUUAUUCAUGAGGAACUCCUACUAUGAUUCUGAUUCUUGGACACAAAUCCUGAAAGAAAACAUGGGAGAAACCAACAUUAUUGAAACAUCACGGAAAUCAGAUACUCCAAAAAUUUGUUUAGUUGCCACAAGAGCAAACACAAACAGAAUCCAGCCGUACCUCUUCCGCAACUACAAUCUUCCUUACCGAGUAACAAGCCACUAUCAAGGCACUUCUCUUCCUUGCCUGUGGGAAGCUGUAAGAGCUUCAGCAGCUGCUCCUGGUUAUUUCUCUGAAUUUGCAAUAGGGGACAUGAUUUUGUUGGAUGGUGGGCUUCUUGUCAAUAAUCCCACUGCCAUUGCUCUGCAUGAGACCAAGCAGUUAUGGCCUGAUGCAGAGCUGCAGUGUGUUCUGUCUGUGGGAACAGGGCGGCAUGAGCCUAUUGCCACCACUAGUGAGGCAUCCAUUGGCUGGGCCACACGUAUAAGAACUAUUCUCAAUAGUGCCACUGAUACUGAAGGUGUGCACACAACAAUGCAUGACCUCCUACCAGGCAGCAUGUAUUUCCGCUUCAACCCUUACCUCAGCGAUGAGAUAGCAUUGGAUGAAAUAGACGAGGACCGGCUAGCAAUGAUGAUGGAAGACACAAGUCUUUAUUUACGUAAGAAUGAACCAAAGAUCCAAGAGGCAGUGCAAGCUUUGACUCGAGGAAAAUCUCCAUUGGACCAUGCAAAAGAUUGGUACCAAUACCAGCGACAAGUUUGGCCAUCAUUUUGAAGUUUGCUUCAGGGUGUUUUACAAAAAUAUUAGUAGUAUACAGGUAAUUUUUUGUAUAACUUAGAAAAAAAUUUCUUGAUAUUUUUUUAUGUUGUAUAUUCAUUUGUUACUUCUUGUUAUGAGCUAUUCCUAAGCAUUUAUUCUAUUUAUUUAUUGUAGAUAUUCUAUGGAAGAUUUUAUAUGCAUUUUUAUUUGUAUAUUCAUAUGUUCUUAU